AUGAGUAAAAAUGUAAAUGAAGAGUUCAAGGAAGAACUAAGGCAAUUUAUUAUAAACAAUUACGUUCACACCGUAUUAGAGCAAUUCAAAGGUCCUAAACAUCAAUCUAUAUACUAAGUCACACUCACAAUGGAUUUAUCAUUAAUCAUUGAUACUCGACCUUUGUUAGGAUCAUGGAUCAUAAAUUUCUAUCCUCACUUCCUUAUAUCAAUCCAUUAAAUAAUUUAUUCAAUAGUGAAGUAAAUGGACAUUGGAUAUGAUGAAUUCAUAUGUGAGACCAAAUUUAUUUCAGUUCCAACUUUUGAGACUGCAAUACAUGAUCCUUAAUAUAAGUUAUUAUUGAUGUAGAAACAUUGUGGGUCGCUGGUGCACUUGAAGAACUGCAUAAUAGUAGGAGUUGAUAAACCAAAAAAUUACUUAUUUUUACAAGAAUUUUAGUGUAAAUGCAGUGAUAAAAUUUCAAUUAAAGGUACUCAUUUAAUCUAAAGGUUGUAAAAUUAAACCAAUAAAGAGAAUGUUUGUGAAGAAUGCAAUGGAGUUAGACAUGAAAUUGAGAAGAAAUACAAAUUAUGUCAAAAGCUAUAAUUAUAUGUUUCGGAUUUAUAACCUUUAAAUAGAAAAUAUAAUAAUUUGAGAUAAAAUCUAAACAACAAAUAUAAACAUUCAUUUUAAUUGCUUGAUAUUUAUGUUGAAGGCAAUAAUGUGAAUAAAUUCAAUGUUGGAAAUCAGAUAUAUUCUCUAGCAUACUAUACUUUUAACUUAUCCGAUCAGUACAGACAAAAUAAUACAUUUAUUUUGGCUAAUGAGUAUUGUUAUGCAGUGACCAUUGAUUAAUACACAGCAGUACAAAAUAAGAAGUACUUCCAAAAAUUGAAGUUAAACUAUAAAUUUAAACAAUCUUAACAAAUUGAUACUGAUGAAAAUUAUAAUGAAGAUAUCAAACUAUUCUUGGAUAAAAGCAAAAGACAUUACAAUUAUGGUAAGGAUAAUAAGAAUUAUAUUUAUGAAAUACUCAAUACAAUAUACUAUAUCAUAAUAUCUUUUGAUUACUAAUAAUUAAAACAGCACACACUAUCCAAUUCAUUAAUAAUGUUAAAAUUGUCUUUACUUUGUAGUAUAUUUUUAGAGAAUAGUUCAAGUUUACAGUAUUAUCUGUCUCCAAAUUUAUGUUAGAAAUCAAAUUUAUUGAUUUAGAGAUUGGAAGAGGAAUAAAUUCAGAGACAUCUGCAUAUAGCAAUAAUAUAUGAAGACUAUGAAAUAAUAAUUGAUUUGAUAUAGAACAUGAUUUAAAACUUAGAAAACUGUUUGGUAUUACCAGAUUGUGACGAGGAAACCUUUGAUUAUUUGAUAAUGAGUGUGGCUAAGAACGGAAUUUUAAUUUUGAAAAGAAUGCCAACCAAAGGUGUUUAAGAAAAGAUUAAGCAAAUACUCAAAGGAAGUCCCAUUAUUAUUAUGAAGGAUAAAAAGAUAGAAAUCAAUUGUUCGAUAUGGUGUUUAUUUGAUAUUUAAGAUUUAAAAGUUAAAAAAUCAGAUUUCACUUAUUUAAAUGAGAAAUUCCCACAUGCAACAGACUCCUUUGAUAUAGUAUUAGAUUUAGCUUAUUCUAAUUUAAAUUAUAAGCAAGUUAGAUUUAAUUUGAUUGCAGAUUAUUGUGAAUAUUUAUUUAAGAGUUCUCAAACAGAUAGUUCAAAUCCAUUUCAAACAACAAUAAAAAAGUAACCAACAGCAGAUAGGUCAAUUCAUGCUCCCUCUUCAUGUUAUUUAUUAUAAAAGAGAACAGCAGACAAAAUUUAUAAUUCAGAUCUUGAGACUUGGAUUAAUAAAUUGUUAACUAUUGAUAGUAGUUCUCUAGAAUUACUAAAGAAGUUCUAUCUGAAGUUAAGGUAAAAUUAUUAUUGCACAUAACACACGUUGGAUAGCUUACUUAAGAUUAGUUCUGCUAUCUCUAUGAUGAGGUAUUUUGCUUAUAGUCAAAUUGAUGACAAUGAUGGGUUGUAUCAAUAUAUGAUAACAUAAAUGAGUACACUUCCCUUAACAUACUCAGAUGCAUUUCUAGCUAUCUUGUUUGUAAUUGAAACUAGAAUAAACUCAUUAGGUCCAGUAGGAGCUUUGUUUGGAAGUGAUACAACAAAGUAGAAUUCUUUAAUUAUUUUAGUUAUUUAUUGAAUUGUUUGAACCCUGAGUUUGCAUUUGCUAAAAUCAAUCUUCAUCAAGAUGAUAAUGAAACAAAAGAUAAUAUGUUCGAAAACUUUGUUUACAUUUAUGAAAAAUUAAUAAACUUCAUUUAUUGA